GUUUCAUCUUUUGACACCCAUGCUGGUGGUAAGAACGCCACCCAGGACUUGGUCAUUACAGGUUUUCGACAACCACUUAUCAUUUUGUUACCACUAUUCGAAGAAUGUUCGCCUUGGAUAGGCUCGUAUUGCUUGCGACGCCCGCAGUAGCAUCGACGAGUUCGUCUGCCAGCCCCAGCCGGAUGCCUACCCCCGAUUCUUCCACGAUGGCCAACUACGUCGAGCUUGCAGCGCAAGUUGUGCCACAAAACAAGACAGGACUUGCGUCUCGUCUUCGUUCCGGCUGCCGCUAUCUGCCUAUGCCAUUGUACAUGGGUUGGGAUACCGAUUCACUCACAGAGGCUCCUGCCGACAGCACAAAGAUCCCUCAUUUCAAGCUGACGGAUAUGCAAUCCGGCGCUACCAGGGAAAUCGAAGCAUCCUGGAUGCACGCGUUGUACACGUACACGUCCUCGCAUCAUGAUGGAGUGACGUUAUUGCAUCUCAAGGAAGCUGGCUACUCUUCGCACCUCUCAUGGCAGCAUACGGUCAUAGUGGUGACGCUUGCUGUUCAGCUAGGACUCGCGGUGUACGGAUUUGCGGCAGGGCAGGGGAGGGAGGGGUUGAUUAUCCUACUUGGCCUGAUUGUUAGGGGGCUGGAGGGUGUGGUAGCGUGGGCAUAUCCCACCACUCUUCCUCCUAGGAUCGUCAGAACACCGAGGUUUUAUGCUUUGCAUACCGGUAUGACUACGAGCCGUAUUUUAGUCGUCGCGCAUGAACCGGCAACGAAGAAAAAUUGUGGCGUGGAGUACAUCAAUCUCGAGGAUUCGGCCGUGCCUCUUUCGAGAAACAAUGCAUCCAUAUUGGAAUCUUCCUGUAAGGGAGCACUGAAAAUCUUUGGUUGGGCGCAAAAAGUCGUAGUUAUCCUAUCCCCGUCGGACGGCUUCCUUUUCUCCGUCGCUCUUCUCCUAGGGAGCAUUGUCGUAGAGGUGUUAUCCAGAUUCACUGAUACACUUCCUGCGUAUUCGGCUAGUACUCCCUUGGAAACCGGGGGAAGCCUACUUGAUAAGAUGACUGCUGCGUGCCAGGCGACGAAUUGUGUGUCCGUGGGGCUUGUGGAAGCCAUGCUUCCCGAUCCUGCCGGGGAACAUAGGGAUUACAAGUGGAUCUCGAGAGUCGUUACGGACGGCGCGUCCAACGCGGGCCUUCAUCCUACGCAUCCAGAAGCCCGGUCUAUUAGGACGACUGCUUCGAAGAGAAGGACGGUUCGGCGGAACAUGGGUGUUUAACUUUCGCGACUGGGUAAAUCAAUCUCGACCUAGCGUCCGGCUCUUGUUGCGUGAUGACGGGCCGUAGCGGGUCGCAUGUGCCGAGAUUUUGACUUGCGAAAAGCUUAAAUACUGUCAAAAUGAGUAACUGCCACACCAGAUGAUUCCAGAAAACGAAAGUUGAAAAAACGACAGUUGUCUUCAUUUGUUGUCGAAGGCUUACAAAGGAAGGACCCUCACGAAUAUGCUACAGAUCACCUCCGUCUGAACGCCGAAGUCUUGUAUGAGCCAUCUUCAUGCUCUGGAUGACCGCAACCUCAAGCUUCGAUGCUUCUUUCAAUACGUUA